AUGUCUGUACAAUGGGAGGUAACACUCUUGAGUAUACACACAAGUGAGGCCGGCACUUCUCUAUUUGCGAAUGGGCAAAUGCAGGUAGCUGCAAACGUCUUGAUCAAGGCAAUAAAUCCAGCCAACUACGAUCCAUACAUGUUGACAGCGGCAGAGCUAGCGAGAAUUGAGCUAGUUGACUAUUACAACACUGACGAGAAGCUCACCGGCCCUUGGAGGUUUACCUCUGCUGAGAAUGAAUUUUCACACACAAUGCCUCCAGGUACCGGAUUUAUCGCCGACGCAGAAGAGCCUCCUACACGGCCAUUCAUGGUGGACCAAAGUAAACGAUAUUGGGUCAGCACAACAAGAGCUGAAGUCAAGAGCGUUGGAGCACGCAUUGCCCAACCAAACGGCAAAGUGAUCACGACCCGCAGUCCAGAAAACAACUCUUAUAUUGCAUUUCGGGGCUACCAGGAAAUUCGAUAUUCCUUAUCCAAUUCUGAAUGGUGGAGAGAAGAUACCGACAGUGGUAGUGGUUGGGACCAGGACAACUAUUUCCUCAGAAGUAGGGUUCACCCAUUCAUCAGAGCCGACCGCACUGGUUACUCAAGUGAUACUUUUCCCGUGGUUGGAAUGCGCAAUAGCGUAGCAUAUCAUCGUGCAGGUCCACACUUACACUACAUGUGGCCAAUUGGGGGUAGGGCGACGGUAAAAGCUGGAUUAACGCACUACGCUGAUGGAAGGGUGCACCCAAAGGCUUGGUCAAGAGAUAUUGUUAUCAGACAGCAUGCAAAUUCUCUAUGUCUGACUCGCUUGAAGACGUCCGGUCCACUGGGUAUUUGGGAUCUUGGUUGGUGGUAUUAUCCUACGGCCACAAUGUACGACCAGUAUGGUAAUUCAGGCACAUUUGAACUCGCUGUUAAUGAAUACAACACAAUAUCCAUUCACAACCGCGGCACGAAAUCCCGCCCACCGUCCGAUACUCCCCAUUAUGAAGACGAGAAAACGAUUCCAGAUGCAGAAAUUGGUGAGAGCGAAUCAUCAGUUCAUGAACCACCAACGGAUUAA